CUCUCUGCCAUGUCCGGUGUAAGGCAGAGAGCGAGAGAGAGGAAAAGAAGCAGCAAAUAAAGGAGAAAAGGUUUGUUUGUUGCAACGACAACAACAACAUCAUAAGGGGGGCCAAUACACAGGUCGACCGACCAUGUCGUCGGCGUUUGGCGACUUCGGCCCGCUCACGGAGCGCCGCAAAGCCGAGAAGGCGCGGCAGGUGCGCAAGCGCAUCAUGAUCGCCGGAGGGACCAUCGCCAUUAUACUCAUUGUUUGCGGCAUCGCCGUCAUGCUGAACGGGAAGCAUAAGGAAGAAAAAGCCGGGUCAUCCAGCAAGAAGGGCUCGUCCUCAAAGGGAAAGUCCGGUGGCGGCGGAUCCGAGGACGGAGGAGACCUCAAGGCCGUGAAGAAGACCAUCACGCUCAUGUGCCAGCAGGUGGACUACCAGGGCGUGUGCGAGGAGAGCCUGACGAGGUGCGCCAACGCGAGCGAGUCGUCGCCCAUGGGCGUCGUCCGCUUGGCCGUCAGGGUCAUCGGCGAAGCGCUGGCGCAGGCGUUCGACCGCACCGACCUGAUCCUGAGCGACGAGCCCCACGUGAAGGCCGCCAUCGCCGACUGCAAGGAGUUCUUCCUGUACGCCAAGGAAGAGCUCAACCGCACGCUCGGCGGAAUGGACGCCAAGGACAGCAUCACCAAGCAAGGGUACCAACUGCGGAUCUGGCUGAGCGCGGUGAUCGCGCACCAGGAGACGUGCAUCGACGGCUUCCCCGACGGGGAGUUCAAGGACAAGGUGAAGGAGUCCUUCAUCAAGGGGAAGGAGCUGACCAGUAACGCGCUGGCGCUCAUCGAGAAGGCGGCGACGCUCCUCGCCGGCCUCAAGCUCCCGCAACGCCGGCUGUUGGUCGAGGAGGAGGGAGCGGCGCCGCCACGGCGAGCCGAGCCGGUGCUAGGGGAGGAUGGCAUCCCGGAGUGGGUGCCCGAAAGCGAGCGGAGGGUUCUCAAGGGCGGCGGGUUCAAGGGCGAGGUCAAGGCGAACGUGGUGGUGGCCAAGGACGGCAGCGGCCAGUUUAAGACCAUCAAUGAGGCGCUCAAUGCCAUGCCAAAGAAAUAUGAUGGAAGAUAUGUGAUCCAAGUGAAGGAGGGUGUGUACGAGGAGUAUGUUACCAUCACAGGCCAGAUGCCGAACGUGACCUUGAACGGCGACGGUUCCAAGAAGACCAUCAUCACCGGUAAAAAGAACUUCGUGGACGGGACCACGACCUUCAAGUCGGCAACCUUCACCGCGCAAGGCGACGGGUUCAUGGCGAUCGGGGUGGGGUUCGAGAACACGGCGGGCGCGGACAAGCACCAGGCGGUGGCGCUGCUGGUGUUGUCGGACAAGUCCAUCUUCCUCAACUGCAAGAUGGACGGGUUCCAGGACACGCUGUACGCGCACUCCAAGGCGCAGUUCUACCGCAACUGCGUCAUCUCCGGCACCAUCGACUUCAUCUUCGGCGACGCGGCGGCCGUGUUCCAGAACUGCAUCAUCACGCUCCGCCGGCCGCUGGACAACCAGCAGAACAUCGUCACGGCGCAGGGCCGCGCCGACGCCCGGGAGGCCACGGGGUUCGUGCUCCAGAAGUGCGAGAUCACCGCCGAGCCCGGGCUCACGGCGCCCGGCAAACCGCCCAUCAAGAACUACCUCGGCCGGCCGUGGCGCGAGUGCUCACGCACCAUCAUCAUGGAGUCCGACAUCCCGGCGCUCAUCGACAAGGCCGGGUACCUGCCGUGGAACGGCGACUUCGCGCUCAAGACGCUCUUCUACGCCGAGUACGGCAACAAGGGGCCGGGCGCCGACACGGCGGGGCGCGUCAACUGGGAAGGGUACAAGAAGACCAUCAGCAAGGACGACGCCACCAAGUUCACCCUGGGGAACUUCAUCCACGCCCAGGCGUGGAUCGACCCGACCGGCACGCCGGUCAAGUACGACUUCUUCGGGUGAGUGGGGGUUGCGAGCGCGCAUGCCGUAGCCCGUUGGGUAUCCAUUGGAGGGAGGGGGCGGCGGCCGGGGGUAGUUGGUUGUCACCGUGCAUGCAUGCAUGCACGAUCGAGUGGAGUGCAUGCGGACGAGCUUGUUUGUGGGACAUGUUUGAAUCUGGCGAUCCGCGCGCGCAUGCAUGCCCGUCUAGUUUUACUUUGUGUUGGUAUACUGGCUGAUAUACGCGUCUCUUGUACUUGUACAUGUAUUUCCCUGAUUACCACUAAAUUUCGACAA